GUGCGUUUGCGUGUGAGAGCAAGGAAGUCUGAUAUUGAACUCAGAUACUGAUAAUGGAGAGAAAAAGAUGUGAUCUUGUGGGUGUGUGCUCCAAGUUCAAGCCCCACCUAUUGAUGAUCUUGGUUCAAUUGGCUUAUUCCAUCUUGUAUUUCAUCGCAGAGGCUUCCUUCAAUCAUGGCCUAAAUCCUUACGUGUACGUCACUUAUCGGAAUAUAUUGGCUGGCCUUCUACUCUUGCCCUUUGCAUACUUUCUUGAAAGAAAAAUAAGGCCCAAGCUGACAUUGGCUCUUUUCUUGGAAAUUUUUGUGCUUUCUUUGUUGGGGUUAAGUCUGAGUUUAAACAUGUAUUUCACUAGCUUAAAAUACACCAAUCCAACUUUUGUGACUGCAAUAUAUAACACCAUAGCUUCCAUUACCUUCGUCAUUGCGGUGAUACUCAGGGUUGAGGUAAUCAACCUGCGCAAUCCCCGCAGUAUAGCAAAAAUAGUUGGGACUUUGAUUUCUUUAGGUGGGGUAAUGAUCGUGACGUUAUACAGAGGGCCUAUAAUGAAAAAUGUAUGGCCUCCUCUGAUUCAUAUUCAUAAAGAUGAUCAUAUCCAUGAGGAAUGGUUGAAAGGAUCACUCCUUACAAUUGCGAGCUGUAUAGCAUGGGCCAUCUGGUACAUUAUGCAGGCAUAUACCUUGAAAAGAUACCCUGCUCAAUGGUCAUUGACCACGUGGAUGUGCCUUGUUGGAGGAGCCCAAUCAGCAGUCUUCACAGUGAUAGUAGAACAUGACAAAUCGGCAUGGACUAUAGGGUUCAAUAUUGACCUGUGGUCCAUAAUAUAUGGCGGAGUUGUGGCCUCGGGUUUGUUAGUUUUCAUUCAACUGUGGUGCACAGAAGAAAAAGGCCCAGUUUUUGUCACUAUGUUCAACCCUCUUCUUGCAGUUUUAGUGGUUCUUCUUUCGUACUUCGUCGUCGGCGAAAGACUUCAUCUGGGUUGCCUCGUAGGGGCAAUGGUAGUGGUGAUUGGUCUGUAUUUGCUGAUUUGGGGCAAAGAAGAUCAAGAGGGGGAUAUCAACAGCACAAAAGAGCGAUGGAAGUGCACUUCUGAUGAUCCCCAAAAGCAGAAUGCAACUCUAACUGAUGAUUUGCCUUUAGAUCUUUAAGUGUCAGAUAACCUGAAAAAGCAUUCCGAGGAAAUCAAAGCUCGAUGUUUAGAUAUAUGGAUCAUCUUGGUCUUGCCUGAAAUGCCUGUUUUUUUUUUUUAAUGCUAAUAGAACUUCAUUUGAUCAAAUUCACAAGAAUGAAUCAUUGAAAAUGAACGGGCUGAGAGCGCGUACUGUUUGUUUGGAUGGAAGCCAGUGUCUUUAUCAA